AAACCUGUUCCCUGAGUAAAUACAGGAUGAAGCUUUCUGGCUUGUAAAAAGAUAUGCUGUCUCUUUCCUCCCUAACUCAUAUCACACUGCUGUCGUAAAGGAUGGUGCACUGAGGUGUUCUUCCAGACCAGCUUUUCGAAACUAAGAACACACACUCCUGUGUCUCACAUUCUUAGUUGGUACUUUCCCAGCACUGCGUUGUGCCUGCUCACGUAAGUCUCUGCUUUAAAACAGAGUUCAACUUCCCCCAAAUUAGCACAGUUAGUUUAUUCCUCUUUCUGGUGAUCGCCAUAUAUAGAAAAAAAAUCUAAUUAUUUCCACCAGGCACCGUCCCUCUUCCCUUGUGGACUAUGAAGGGAUGCUGUUAGCUCCAAGGAGAGAGAAAGCGCGGCUUUCCCAGGGUGGCAAAUUCAGACCCCGAGUGUCACAGGGUUGCUGUGUAGGGAGGGGCAAUUGACGUUUUUUUUUGCUUAAUGAACUCUCUUAUGUAUGAUACUGUUGCUUUAUAUUUUCCUCAAGUCCACACUGUGAAGGGGACUCUUUUUUUUCAUUGAGGUAAAAAGUGGGUCUGUGAGUGUAGUGACUUUCUUUAAAAAAAAAAAAAUCAGAAACCAAUUACUUGAUAUGCAGAGCUGCGAGCCUCAUUCCUUUAACGAAAUCAGUGCAGCUCGCACCCACAGUUAACCUGAGGAAAGCCGCUGACAGCUCUUGAUGCUGCUGGAGGUGGAAGGACCCAAACUUACAGGAUUCCCCCUCCCCCUUGAGAGGUUGUUAGUCCAGUCCUUUAGAGAGGUUCCUUUUGGCUCUCUGUCAUCACCGGGACGCUGGCAGAGAGUGUGUGUCAUGGUUACAAUAGAGCGUGAUAACAUAUAACAACCAUGAAAGCCCAGCGGGAAAGACUGCAGAUUCCGGGGCUGACCUUGGAUCUCACUCCGAGGAGCCUGAGUCCAACCCCAUCCAGCCCGGGCAGCCCUUGUAGUCCUCUCUUGGCCUUUCACUUCUGGAGUUGCCGGACAAGCAACCGGAAAAGUUUGAUAGGCAAUGGCCAGUCACCAGCUUUGCCUAGACCACAUUCACCUCUCUCUGCUCAUGCAGGAAAUAGCCCUCAAGACAGUCCAAGGAAUUUCUCCCCCAGUGCCUCAGCCCAUUUCUCAUUUGCACGGAGGACGGAUGGGCGCCGCUGGUCCCUGGCUUCGCUCCCCUCCUCGGGCUAUGGGACAAAUACACCAAGCUCCACCGUCUCCUCAUCCUGUUCCUCCCAGGAAAAGUUGCACCAGUUACCAUACCAGCCAACACCAGAUGAGCUGCACUUCUUAUCCAAACACUUUUGCACUACAGAAAGCAUCGCCACCGAGAACCGAUGCAGGAACACGCCCAUGCGUCCCCGUUCCCGAAGUCUCAGCCCAGGACGUUCCCCCGCCUGCUGUGACCAUGAAAUAAUUAUGAUGAACCAUGUCUACAAAGAAAGGUUCCCAAAGGCCACGGCUCAGAUGGAAGAGCGUCUGAAGGAAAUCGUCACCAGCUACUCCCCAGACAGCGUCCUCCCCUUGGCGGACGGAGUGCUCAGCUUCACCCACCAUCAGAUUAUCGAGCUGGCUCGAGACUGCUUGGAUAAAUCCCACCAGGGUCUCAUCACAUCCCGAUACUUCCUUGAGUUGCAGCACAAGUUGGAUAAGUUGCUACAGGAGGCUCAUGAUCGCUCUGAAAGUGGAGAACUGGCGUUUAUUAAACAGCUAGUCCGAAAGAUCCUAAUUGUUAUCGCCCGCCCCGCUCGGCUAUUGGAGUGCUUGGAAUUCGAUCCUGAAGAAUUUUAUUACCUCUUGGAAGCUGCAGAAGGCCAUGCCAAAGAAGGCCAGGGAAUCAAAACUGACAUUCCCAGGUACAUCAUCAGCCAGCUGGGCCUCAAUAAGGACCCUUUGGAAGAAAUGGCUCAGUUGGGGAAUUACGAUAGUGGGACAGCAGAAACACCAGAGACGGAUGAGUCAGUGAGCAGCUCAAAUACCUCCCUGAGACUGCGAAGGAAACCCCGAGAGAGUGAUUUCGAAACAAUUAAGUUGAUCAGCAAUGGAGCCUAUGGGGCCGUCUACUUCGUUCGGCAUAAGGAAUCCCGGCAGAGGUUCGCCAUGAAGAAGAUCAACAAGCAGAACCUCAUCCUCCGGAACCAGAUCCAGCAGGCCUUCGUGGAGCGCGACAUCCUGACGUUCGCGGAGAACCCCUUUGUGGUCAGCAUGUAUUGCUCCUUUGAAACGAGGCGCCACUUAUGCAUGGUCAUGGAGUAUGUCGAAGGGGGAGACUGUGCGACCUUAAUGAAAAACAUGGGUCCUCUCCCAGUCGAUAUGGCUAGGAUGUACUUUGCUGAGACGGUCUUGGCCUUGGAGUAUCUGCAUAAUUAUGGAAUCGUACACAGGGAUUUGAAGCCGGACAACCUGUUGGUCACCUCCAUGGGGCACAUAAAGCUGACUGAUUUUGGAUUAUCGAAGGUGGGGCUAAUGAGCAUGACGACUAAUCUCUACGAAGGUCAUAUUGAGAAGGAUGCCCGAGAGUUCUUAGAUAAACAGGUCUGCGGCACACCUGAAUACAUUGCCCCAGAGGUGAUUCUGAGACAGGGCUAUGGAAAGCCUGUGGACUGGUGGGCCAUGGGCAUUAUCUUGUAUGAAUUUCUGGUUGGAUGUGUGCCUUUCUUUGGGGACACCCCAGAAGAGCUGUUUGGACAAGUCAUCAGUGAUGAAAUCAACUGGCCCGAAAAGGAUGAGGCCCCUCCUCCCGAUGCUCAGGACCUGAUUACCUUGCUCCUCAGGCAGAAUCCACUGGAGAGGCUGGGAACAGGUGGCGCCUACGAAGUGAAGCAGCAUCGAUUCUUCCGCUCUUUAGACUGGAACAGUUUGCUGAGACAGAAGGCAGAAUUUAUUCCCCAACUGGAAUCGGAGGACGACACAAGUUAUUUUGAUACUCGGUCAGAGAAAUACCAUCACAUGGAAACGGAGGAGGAAGACGACACAAACGAUGAGGACUUCACCGUGGAGAUAAGGCAGUUUUCUUCCUGUUCACACAGGUUUUCUAAAGUUUUCAGCAGCAUCGAUCGAAUAACUCAGAAUUCAGGAGAGGACAAAGACGGCUCUGAGGACAAGACCAAAAGCACAACUUUGCCAUCCACGGAGACACUCAGCUGGAGUUCGGAAUACUCUGAAGUGCAACAGUUAUCGACAUCCAACUCUUCAGACACUGAAAGCAACAGAUGCAGACUCAGUUCUGGCCUGCUUCCCAAGCUGGCAAUCUCCGCAGAGGGAGAACAGGAUGAAGCUGUCCCUUGCUCUGGAGACCCCAGAGAGGAGCCAGAGAAACCAGUCCUUCCUCCUGAGGAGUGCACUCAGGAGGAGCCCGAGGUCACCACUCCCGCCAGCACCAUCAGCAGUUCCACGCUGUCAGUUGGCAGUUUUUCAGAGCACUUGGAUCAGAUAAAUGGGCGGAGCGAGUGUGUGGACAGUACAGAUAAUUCCUCAAAGCCAUCCAGUGAAACCUCUUCUCACAUGGCCCGGCAGCGAUUAGAAAGCACAGAGAAAAAGAGAAUCUCGGGGAAAGUCACAAAGUCCCUCUCUGCCAGUGCUCUGUCCCUCAUGAUCCCAGGAGAUAUGUUUGCUGUGUCUCCGCUGGGAAGUCCGAUGUCCCCACACUCCCUGUCUUCAGACCCCUCCUCUUCCCGGGAUUCCUCGCCCAGCCGAGAUUCUUCUGCAGCGUCUGCCAGUCCCCAUCAGCCCAUUGUGAUCCACAGUUCAGGGAAGAACUAUGGCUUCACCAUCCGGGCCAUCCGCGUGUACGUGGGGGACAGCGACAUUUACACAGUGCACCACAUCGUCUGGAAUGUAGAAGAAGGAAGUCCCGCAUACCAGGCGGGACUGAAGGCUGGGGAUCUGAUCACGCACAUCAAUGGAGAGCCCGUGCACGGCCUGGUCCACACGGAAGUCAUCGAGCUCCUGCUAAAGAGUGGGAAUAAGGUGUCAAUCACCACCACCCCAUUUGAAAACACAUCAAUAAAAACGGGACCGGCUAGGAGAAACAGUUACAAGAGCCGGAUGGUGAGACGGAGCAAGAAGUCCAAGAAGAAAGAAAGUCUAGAAAGGAGGAGAUCUCUCUUCAAGAAGCUGGCCAAACAGCCUUCUCCUUUGCUCCACACCAGCCGAAGUUUCUCCUGCCUGAACCGAUCGCUGUCCUCUGGAGAGAGCCUCCCGGGCUCCCCAACUCACAGCUUGUCCCCGCGGUCUCCAACACCCAGCUACCGUUCCACCCCCGAUUUCCCAUCCGGUACAAAUUCCUCCCAGAGCAGCUCCCCAAGUUCAAGUGCGCCCAACUCUCCAGCAGGUUCAGGGCACAUCCGGCCCAGCACCCUCCACGGCCUGGCUCCCAAACUCAGUGGGCAGCGGUACCGCUCCGGAAGGCGGAAGUCAGCUGGCAGCAUUCCACUCUCCCCGCUGGCCAGGACACCCUCUCCGACCCCCCAGCCUACCUCUCCCCAGCGCUCACCAUCCCCACUGUUGGGGCACUCACUGAGCAACGCCAAGAUCACUCAGGCCUUUCCUGGCAAGAUGCACUCCCCGCCCACCAUCGUCAGACACAUCGUGAGGCCCAAGAGUGCCGAGCCCCCGCGCUCCCCGCUGCUGAAGCGCGUGCAGUCCGAGGAGAAGCUGUCGCCCUCCUACGGCAGUGACAAGAAGCACCUGUGCUCCCGCAAGCACAGCCUGGAGGUGACCCAGGAGGAGGUGCAGCGGGAGCAGGGCCAGCGCGAGGCGGCGCUGCAGAGCCUGGAGGAGGCCGUCUGCGACGCGCCGUCCCUCAGUCGGGCCCGGCCCGUGGAGCAGGGCUGCCUGAAGCGCCCCGUGUCCCGCAAGCUGGGCAGGCAGGAGUCCGUGGAUGAGCUGGACCGGGACAAGCUGAAGGCCAAGGUCGGGGUGAAGAAACCGGAGGAGAAGCGGGACUGCCACCAGAAACCUCACAGCCUCGGCGGCGGGGGCGGCGGCGACGCAGAAGGCCACGCUCUGCUCCGGCUGGAGGAGAGAGAGAAGAAAGCGUACCCGAAGGGGUUGGAAAGGGCAGGCCAUUUCGAAGGCGCGACGGCCGAGGCCCCUUCGGCGGGCAGCCUGCUGAAGGACACGCUCCAUAAGCAGGCCAGUGUGCGGGCCAGCGAGGGGGCCGCCGCCGACGGCGCCCCGGCGUCCGGGGAGCACGGCCAGCCUCUGAGCGACCUGAAACGGGCCUCCGCUUCCGGCGUCCUCCACGACGGCGGGUGUCACCUCCCUGACAGGCCCACUCCCGGGAAGGGCGAGUACGCCGAGAAGGCCUCACCCGCCAAAGAGCUCCUUCGAGGUGAGAAGCUAGACGGCAAGCUGGCCAAUAUCGAUUACCUCCGCAAGAAAAUGUCCCUGGACGACAAGGACGAUGGCCACUGUGCCAUCCUCAAACCCAAGAUGGCAUCUAACCCCCACGAGGGCCUGCCCGGGAACGCCGUGCGGCCCAUGGCUGGGCAGCAAGAGGCCCUGCCAGCCUCGGAGAGCCGGGCAUUCAUCAGCAGCACCCACACAUCUCAGAUGGGUGCUGUUUCCUUUGUCCCCCUCAAAGCCUUAGCUGGCCGGGGAGAGAAUGGAGGGGACAAAGCAGGCUUAGUUGCCCCGGAAUCCCCCGUCAGGAAGAGCCCUUCCGAGUAUAAGCUGGAGGGCAGGUCAGUUUCAUGCCUGAAGCCGAUCGAGGGCACCCUGGACAUUGCUCUCUUGUCAGGACCUCAUGCCUGCAAAACAGAGCUGCCCUCGCCGGAGCCCACACAGAGCCCCAGCCCAGGCGUCGGCGCCACCCCGUCGGCGCCAGCAGCUCUUCCGGGGAGCAGUGGGAAAAAGGGUGACCCCAGCAGCCUGAGGGAGCCUCCUUCCGCAAGCUUAAAGGUGAAUAAAGCUUACCUGUUGGAGCCCCGGUUCCUGCCCCCAAGCCGGGGUCUCCAGGACUCUCUUGCGGCUCCGGGGCCAGAACCAAAGUCGAAGCAGGACAGAAAGGUCACUCACCCUGUGGCCAGGAGCACAGUAAGCGUCAUAGAGAGCACCCCCACCAAACACCAGGACCGCUCCUCCGACACCAAGGGUCUCCCUGGCUCAGGGCAGACCCCACACAGUGCGGGCCCGCCCAGGCCGUGUCCAUCUGUCCUGCUCCCACCGGAAGAGACCCUCUCCAAGGAGACGCCUUGCCCGAAGGAACCGUCCGAAAAGGCGAAGAGCGAGUGGUCUGCCAGGAGGGAUGAAGUACACAGAGAUCCCUGUGUGAAGCCGUGUCCUGCAGAGACGGGUAAAGCCAAUGACAGCCUGAAAAACCUCCCUUCUGGGGGAAGGACCCAUCCUGAUUUCUACAUGCAGACCCAGACCACGGAGAAAGCUUGGGCUUGUUCAAAAACAAACCACAGAGAUGGCCGAGAGGAGGUGAGGUCCCUGGCCAGGGAGGACUCCAUGCACUCCGCUGAGCUUCUGUAUGAAAAGGAGGUAGGCAGGGCAAGAAAAGGCACAGAACCCAGACCCCCUGUUCCUGCCGCCAGGCACCCUCCUCAGCCAUCGGGAGUCGAGGGUGAGAAGAGUGAAAAGACCUCCUCUGUCCCAGCUUUGCAGAAACAAGCUCCCAAAGAGCCUGAGAGGAAGGAUCAGGCCCUGCAGAGGCCUGGAGGCAGUGGCCCUCAACAACCCCCACCCACCAAAGAGCUGCCCAGCUCAGCAGCUUGGCAGCACUGCAGUUCUCCGAACCACGCUCUUCACAGAGAAAUGGGGACCAGACCCGCUGCCGCAGAACCAAGCACCAGCCUCCAGGACACUCCCCGAUCUGCUACUGCCACCGCCACGACCACUGCCACCGCCGGGGCCGGGCACAGUGACUGCAGUAGCCAGAAGUCCCGCCCUGGCCCUGACCCCAGCCCUUCAAAGUCGAAGCACCCAGACAGGUCCCCCUCCUCACAGAAGCCGAGCGCCGGGUCGGCAAAAGGCAGAGAGCCUGUCUUUCAGCCCCUUGGCGGCUCCCUCAGAGAGGGGAAGGGCGGCAGCAAGGAUCCAUCAGACACGCUCCCCGCCGUUCUCGCCACCCAGGGCAAAGCAAACGAUGUGCUCGGGCAGGGAGAAGGGAGGGUCACGGUCACUAUCACACUCCACGUGGAAGGGAGCCCUCUAGAGGCCAAACUGAAAACCACCAGUGGAGGGUGUCCCCCGGAGAUGCAGGAGAAGCCUCCCAGACAAGGGCAUCCAGGGCUCAGCGAAGCAGUAAGCCAGAAGGUCCUCCCCGCUGGUGAAAAGCAAAGCCCGUCUCCAAAACAUCCCAAACCACCCACUGUGAAAGACGCCCCCCCUCUCUGCAGACAGACGGACAAAAGCCCGGGUCAGCAGACUGCCGCUGGGGACCGCAAGUCAGACGGGAAGAAAGGCACAGAAGCACUUUAUGUUCCAGCUCCGGAGGGCUACAAGCUGGAGGCCAGCCCUUCCCUCCACCAUGGUGACACCCGACCCAAAGGCCCAGAGAGGCCAGCCGCGGGCCUGGGGAAGGGCUGCCUCUCAGAGUCCAAGGGGAAAGGGCCUGGUCCCCAGAAGCCACUGGCUGAACCAAGCAAGCCCAGCGGAAUGAAGCGGUCACCCUCUGCCACUGCGCAGAGCUCUCUCCGCCCAUCUGGCCCCCCAGAAAAGCCUCUGAGCUACUCAGCCAGCUUCCCUGAGGCCCAGGCCGGAAUGCGAGAUGUCAUUGCAGCCAGCAGCACCCCCUCCUCUGCCAAGGCUUUGGGGGCCACCUCAGAAUCCCCAGCCCCCAGCGGCAGGGACCACAGGAAGCCCCAGUCUGGGGGAGACGGCCGAAGCCAAAUGACAAAGAGUGAUUCCCUGCCUUCCUUCCGCCUCUCCAACCCUGUCCCCGAGUCCCACUUCCCAGAUCCACAGGCGCCCAGCACAGCGGGCCACCGAGGCAGGGCACUGUCAGUAACUGCUACCACAGGAGAACCCAAAGGGAGAGAGCCUGCCCAGCCUCCCCCAGCCAGGAAACAGAAUGCGGGCCGGGAGGUGACCAGGGCACCCCCAGCCCCGAGCACAGACCGCCCCCUCCCUCUCUCCUCGGAGAAGGACUUUGUGGUGAGGCAGAGGAGAGGCAAGGAGAGCCUGCGGAGCAGUCCUCACAAAAAGGCCUCCUAAUGUGCAGCCCUGCCACCAGGGCCGUGAGGGCCAGCCUGAGCGUGGCUGCGAUGGACUCUUCGCCACCCUUACAAACCAGCACUGUAUGGGAACGUCCUCCAAGCAGAGCUCGGAGGCUGACUGAGGAGGAGGAGGAGAGACAGAAAAAAAAGGGAACUUUCUUCCAGAUGCCUUCCCAGUUGUAACCGGUAAAACUGUUGCCAGAUAGUGUUUGUACAAACCCUGCCUUUCCAGCGUAGUGUUGGUGAGGAAGUGAAUCUCUCUGUACAUACGUAGCCAUGUGUUCGGUUCGGGAUGUAGAAUGUGUACCUUGCUGCUGACCGCCUUGUUGACUAAAGCUUUUCUAAGUGAAGAUAAUUGUUUUACCACUUAACCGUAAUGCAGUGAUGAGGCAGAGUGGUCAGAGCUGGGUGUGAAAAUAGAAACCCACCCAUAACUGCGUAUGUACACAUCCACCCACGUUUGGUCUGUGGUUUGAGAAUAGUUCAAGGCUCCAUUUGUAGAAAUAGAGUUUAAAGAUGAAAGGAAGCCCUAAAUACAGUAGAUGGUGAGUUUUUGUGUGUAUAUUGAACCAGGAUCUCUGAUCGUACCGAAUCCGGCUGCCUGCAUUUCUGAGCUGCUGCAUUCGGACCCUCCACUAGGAGCCGCCAGGACAGGUGGAGCUGGGCAUCUGUUUGACAGUCCCUGUAGGGGACAUUUUGUCCCUCAGGUCCAAGUGGCCAAAAGGGCAAUUGUUCUUGUCUCUGGGUUCUAUGUCUGGUCUUCAGCUGAGGGCACCCAGGGACCAGAAACACACUGCAGGUCGGCUCUUUCUUCUCUCCCUCCUUUCCAAGCUCUCACCCUCAGGCCUGUAUGCUUGUGAGUCCAAGAAGCACAUGGAGAGGGCAGGUGCUGUACCAGCCCUGCCCGUGAGGAAACAGGAAAGUCACUGGUUGCACACAAAUCUGCUAGCACUUAGGUGGAGUGAAAUGCAUUAGGCAUCGGAAGAGGUUUUAAAUUUGCUUUCGUUGAGGAAAAGGAGGGGGGGUGGAUUUUGGCAUCAUAGCAUAUAUAUUAAAGAAUAAUCAGGACAUCAGAUACAUUUUAAUACAUAGCUGGGGCCUUAUGUUGUAGAUGAAGCUUGCUGUUUUUAGCAAGUUCCUGGGUUUCACAUUCAUUUCUGGUGCAUCGAGUAGCUCCAUACAUUUCAUAACACAAUCUCUUUAUUUGUAUGCAAAAAAAAUCCUGUAUUAAUAAAGAGCAGCAUUUUGUAACAAAGAGACUGGAGCUAUUUGGUGCUUGAAUGUGAGCAGCCUUUUUACUUUUGCUAAGCCUUAUUUAAAUUUUGUAUACCAUGAAAUAUGUAGAAUUUGUCAGAUCAUUUUAGCGCCGAGCAUUUCUAGUUUGUUUCUGUUGUUGUAGGAUUUUUUGUUUUUGUUUUUGUUUUGUUUUGUUUUUGAACACCUUGUUUUGAAUCGUAAGAUGGCACUCGCUAAGACACAAUGCAGAUACGCUUUUAUAAGAUGCUUGGGAACCAUAGCAAGACUUUGUUCUAUAAGAGGAAAAAAAAUAAUUAGAAAUGAAUAAUGAAUCUAGCACCAGAGCCCUUGGGGGUGUCAUAGUGUCUGCGCACCAUAAGAUUGUUUAUGUGAGCACAGCCCUGUGGAUUGUAAAUCACCUAGUAAGGUUGUAAGCACUCCAGAAACAAAGGCAUCGCAUCAUUGACUGCUUGGUUGCCCUUUGUUGCAAAGCUGGUUGGCGAUGGAAAAGGAACGACUUCUUUUCCCCUGUCUCCCCACACCCAUACAGUUCUAGCCACUUCCCAUCACUACAUUGUGAAACUGUAGAACAAACCAAUAUUUUUUACAAGAACUCAAAUGGGUCUCAAAAAUGGUCUCAGAGCUUAUAAUGCAUUAUCUGUUUGGCAGAUCUAAUAGCCCAGUCCUUCUCCACUCGGACAUCAGGACAGGUCUGUCCAGGAGGUAGUUCAUGGUUUACAGCCUUUGCUUUUUAACUGUCCGGUUUUCUUUAAAGCACAACUAGCUGCUUGUUUACAAAGGAUAUUUUUAUGUAUAUUUUGUAUAGUGUAUUAUCAUUUUGCCAAAUAUGUUUUUUGCAUUUUGGAUGCGUAAAAGAGUACUUAAGGUUGCAUACAUGUGAUAAGUGUUCGUUGUUGUGGAAUCUCCCCAGCCAGCUGGUAGAACGUCUCCUGUGUUCUCCUUGGUCAGUCUCCGUGUGGUUGUAAGAUGUAGCCCUCGGUAGGACUCCCAGUUGUAGACUUACCAGCUUCAGUUUGUUAGGAUCUGUGCAAUAAAGUGUUUGCAGUCUUAUUUUCUCUGAGAAGCCCUCCCCCCAUGAAUGUCAUAAUUGUUGUAUAUUGAACAAAUAUUUAUACUUAUGCAGUUGCAUAACUUGAAUAAAAAUUUAGCAUGAAA